UGUGAGCCUCUUCCACUAGAAAAACAUGAUGAGGUUCCGGCAUAACAAUUCAUCCCUGUGUUCUUACAAGGGAAUACGCGUGCCCAAAUGUUGGACACAUUGACUCUGCAUAUAUAGAGUUUGCACGAGUGAGGAGAAAAUGUUUCUGAGAUUUGUUUUUCCACCACCUCCUUCUCUACUGGUGACAGCAAUGUCAGUGGUGAGUUUUGCAUCAAUGGCAAAUGCAGGGCUAUCAGAGUUGAAAGGAAAACACAUGGAAUACUCCAAGUUCUGGGAGCUCAAGUCUGGGAGAAAGUACAAAGUGGAUAGUAGAACAGGCAUGAUCGUGUGUUAUACUCCAGCAUUUCUUGCUGGUGUGGCCUCUUUUGCCCUUUUCCCAGAUGAGAGUUUCAGGUUUUUGCUGCUCACUUCGGCUCUCUCCAUCCACUUCUUCAAGAGGAUAUUUGAGGUGCUAUUUGUUCACAAAUACAGUGGUGGGAUGGCUCUCGAUGCUGCCAUUGUUAUCUCUCUUAGCUACUUCAUCUCUACUGCAACUAUGAUCUAUGCCCAACACCUCUCUCGAGAUUUUCCGGAGCCGCUAAUGGAUCUCAAGUAUCCAGGAAUGGCGUUGUUUUUGGUGGGAAUACUUGGUAACUUGUACCACCAUUGCCAACUUUCCAAGCUGAGGAGCAAGGGUGAGAGAGAGUAUAAGAUUCCCAAGGGUGGUCUCUUCAACCUGGUAGUAUGCCCACACUACCUUUUCGAAAUAUUAGGUUUUAUUGGCUUCUCCUUCAUUUCCCAAACGGUGUAUGCAUUCGCUCUUGCAACAGGCACAGCCUUGUAUUUGAUGGGAAGAAGUUAUUCUACUAGGAGAUGGUAUGUUUCCAAGUUUGAAAACUUUCCCAAUAAUGUCAAGGCGCUUAUUCCAUACAUUCUCUAAUGUAUGCAAGUGUUUGAAAGAUUAAGAUAAAUUCAAUUGGAUUCUGUUGUUUCUUUUA